CACAGAGAGGCUGCAGUUUUCAGUUUUCUGGUAGUUCGAAGUGAAAAACAAUGCAGCGUGUGUGUGUGUUGGACUUUGAGGAGGAAGCCAGGAAAACUCUUCCUAAAGCUGUGUAUGACUACUACCGCUCAGGAGCUGAUGAGCAAAAGACACUGGCUGACAAUGUGGCUGCCUUCAACAGGUGGUAUCUGGUUCCUCGAGUGCUGAGGGACGUGUCUACAGUGGAUCUGUCUGUCUCAGUGCUGGGGGAGAAGCUCAGCAUGCCGCUCUGCAUCGCUGCCACUGCAAUGCAGAGGAUGGCUCAUCCUGAAGGAGAGACAGCCACAGCAAAAGCAUGCAAAGCAAUGGGAACUGGGAUGAUGCUGAGUUCCUGGGCCACCUCAACAAUAGAGGAAGUGAUGUCAGCAAUGACUACCUCACUGGGCAGUGGUGGUGUCCUCUGGCUGCAGCUCUACAUCUAUAAAGACAGGGAGCUCACGCUGUCGUUGGUGCGCCGGGCCGAGAAGGCGGGCUAUAAAGCCAUCUUUGUUACCGUGGAUACACCAUACCUAGGGAAGAGAUUGGAUGAUGUGCGCAACCGCUUUAAGAUGCCCCCACACCUGAGCAUGGCUAACUUCUCAACAGCCUCCCUGGCUUUCUCCGAGGGAGACUACGGCAAUGACAGUGGCCUGGCUGUUUAUGUUGCAAACGCCAUAGACCCUUCUAUCUGUUGGGAUGACAUCACGUGGCUGAAAAAACACACACGCCUCCCUGUGAUUGUAAAAGGAGUAUUAAAUGGUGAGGAUGCUGCCAAGGCUGUGAACUGUGGUGUCAGUGGCAUCCUGGUGUCCAAUCACGGAGCUCGGCAACUGGACGGGGUUUCUGCCACGCUAGAUGCCUUGGAGGAGGUGGUGAGGGCAGUGCAGGGUCGAUGUGAAGUCUACAUGGAUGGAGGAGUGAGACGCGGGACAGACGUCCUAAAGGCCUUAGCUCUGGGAGCAAAGGCUGUUUUCAUUGGUCGACCUGUGCUGUGGGGCCUUGCCUGUCAGGGGGAACAAGGAGUUAUUGAGCUUCUGGAGCUUCUGAAAGAUGAACUGCGACUGGCUAUGGCCCUGUCAGGUUGUCGUUCAGUUUCUGAAGUAAGCAGGUCCCUGGUCAGGAGAAUGGACUUCACCUCGAGGAUGUGAGAGAACUGAAGAAUACACGAAUCAUUUUUUUUAUGAAUCACUAAAUGAAUUCUUGAUGUCAAAACAAAGUGCUGUUUCCUGUUAAAAGGUAAUGUUUUUAAAGUGGUGCUUUUGACUAGAGCAUGUAAAAACUGAUACAAAAUACAGGACCGUAAAUCUUUGGACAUACAGUCUCCCAUAAGACAAGCCCUGGAGCUGAUUGUGAGUAAUGAACUUGUAUUUAGCAUCUUUUAACUGAAACGCUCAAUAUUGAGAUUAAAUCUAACUGUGAAUUGUUAAUAUAAA